AUGGGGUUACCUGCGUUGGAGUUCAGUGACUGCUAUCUAGACAGCCCCUUGUUCAGAGAGCGCCUCAAGUCUCAUGAGCUGGAGCUGGACAAGACCAACAAGUUCAUCAAAGAGCUUAUCAAGGAUGGCAAGGCGCUCAUACAAGCCUUCAAAAUGUUUGAUGUGGAGACUCGGCCGCAGAGUCCAGCUGUAGUUUGGUUUGUAAAUAUUUCAGUCGCCAUAAAGAUAAUUGAUAAAACACAAUUGAAUCCAACGAGCUUACAGAAGCUGUACCGAGAGAUGCGCAUCAUGAAGACUCUCAACCAUCCCAACAUAGUGCAGCUGUUCGAGGUGAUUGAGACUGAGAAAACCCUGUACCUGGUCAUGGAGUACGCCAGUGGUGGUGAAGUGUUUGACUACCUGGUGGCACACGGCCGCAUGAAGGAGAAGGAGGCACGGGCCAAGUUCAGACAGAUCGUCUCAGCCGUCCACUACUGUCACCAAAAGAACAUUGUUCACAGAGACCUCAAGGCAGAAAACCUGCUUCUGGAUGCAGAGGCCAAUAUAAAGAUUGCAGACUUCGGCUUCAGUAACGAGUUCAGCGCAGGCAGCAAACUAGACACGUUCUGCGGGUCGCCCCCCUACGCCGCCCCAGAGCUGUUCCAGGGGAAGAAGUACGACGGGCCAGAGGUGGACAUCUGGAGCCUGGGGGUGAUCCUGUACACACUGGUCAGCGGCUCACUGCCCUUCGAUGGGCAGAACCUGAAGGAGCUGAGGGAGCGCGUGCUGCGGGGGAAGUAUCGUGUACCCUUCUACAUGUCCACAGACUGUGAGGUCAUCCUUCGCCGAUUCCUCGUGCUCAACCCCACCAAGCGCUGCUCUCUCGAGCAAAUCAUGCGAGACAAGUGGAUAAAUGUGGGCCACGAGGGGAACGAGCUGAAGCCCCACACAGAGCCUGCAGAAGACUUCAGCGACACCAGUCGCAUUGAUGUAAUGGUGGGGAUGGGCUUCAGCAGAGAUGAGAUCCAGGACUCUCUGAACGGACUCAAGUACAACGAGGUGACGGCCACAUACCUGCUGUUGGGACGCUCCGGACAAAAGGAGGCCAGUGUGAUGCGCUCCGGCAGCACCCUGAGUUUGUCCCGAUCGCGGACCAUGACCAAUGGGACGAGUAAGCCCCCCCCCUCCCUCUCCUCUGGGACGUCCUCCACCAGCCACAAGCCCCAGCGUAGUGCCUCCACGUACCACCCUCGAAGACGCCACUCCGACUUCACCAGCAGCAAGGAGAGAUGGCUGUUUUAUCCUGAAUUGUGUUGGAUGCUGCUGUAG